UCUGGCCCGGGGGCCAGUAGAAGUCGCCGCCGGGUUCCUGCGCCGCCGUGGAGCCCGGCUCCCCUUGCCGCGGAGAGAGGCGCCACCUGCCCCGUCCAGCCGUCACGCGCAGGUGCUGCAAAAUCAGCUUUGAACUGAGAGGCGGGGCCACCUCAUGUCAACUGCUCAGCUCCCACCAGGACCAAGCUGGAGCCCCGUCCUUGUCCCCUUUAAAUUCCCUGUAUUAGUAACCGUGCUCUGAUCUAGCCCUUACUCACCUCCUUCCUGUUUCUUAAAAACCCUUCCCACAUUCCCCAGACGGAGCCCUUCCUCUCUUUCAUCUCUCACAGGACACCUCCUUUUCCGUAAUCUUCUCCUCACUGUUUACCUUACUUAUUUCCUUAUUUCUUACUGGGGUCCUAGGAAAUGCUAGCACCCGCAUCCAUCUUGCCUGGUCUUUUCAACACUCCCUAACUGUAGACUAUCCUAUCUCAACGCUAUCCCAUACAUUUCCACCCCACCGUUACUUCAGCAUGGCCACGCUUACUUUCUACAUCCUCCGCAAAUCUCUCUCUCUCCCCACUGCCCACUGAUGCCUUCAUCUGCUCUAUAAACAACCCCUCAGUCAAUUUUGUGUGACCCCAAUACUCCUCCAUUUGUGCUCUGAUUGGGUUCAUAAAACCUCCUUGACAAAGAUCUUCGUGAAUCCUGCUAUCCCCCAGACCUCCCUCUUGUCAUAACUCUAUCCCUCCUCCAACUUUUCCCUCUCAAGCUCUAUCCUUCCCUGCCCAGCCUGGCCCACGAUUCGUGGUCAGCCUCAUCUCUUCGCUGUGGACUGCCUCCCACCAUGUUCCCCUGAGCCUCCGAGGAGGGGGCUCAGGGGGCCUGAUGGCCUCCCGCCACCCAUGGCCCCACAGCCCCCGUGGGCCAGGGGAAACAUCUCGAAAGCCUCAGUGCCGAGGAUGGGCAACCGCACGUGGGAGGGCUGCCACGUGGACUCCCUCGUGGACCACCUCUUCCCGCCCUCCCUCUAUAUUUUUGUCAUCGGCGUGGGACUGCCCACCAACUGUCUGGCCCUGUGGGCCGCCUACCGCCAGGUGCGGCGACACAACGAGCUGGGCGUGUAUCUGAUGAACCUCAGCAUCGCCGACCUGCUGUACAUCUGCACGCUGCCACUGUGGGUGGACUACUUCCUGCACCACGACAACUGGAUCCACGGCCCCAGCUCCUGCAAGCUCUUCGGGUUCAUCUUUUAUACCAACAUCUACAUCAGCAUCGCCUUCCUCUGCUGCAUCUCCGUGGACCGCUACCUGGCCGUGGCCCACCCACUGCGGUUCACCCGCCUGCGCCGCGUCAAGACGGCCGUGGCUGUGAGCUCUGUGGUCUGGGCCACGGAGCUGGGAGCCAACUCGGCGCCCCUGUUCCACGAUGAGCUCUUCCGUGACCGUUACAACCACACCUUCUGCUUCGAGAAGUUCCCCAUGGAGGGCUGGGUGGCCUGGAUGAACCUCUACCGGGUCUUCGUGGGCUUCCUUUUCCCGUGGGCCCUCAUGCUGCUCUCCUACCGUGGCAUCCUGCGGGCUGUGCGGGGCAGCGUGUCCACCGAGCGCCAGGAGAAGGCCAAGAUCAAGAGGCUGGCCCUCAGCCUCAUUGCCAUCGUGCUGGUCUGCUUUGCGCCCUACCAUGUGCUCCUGCUCUCCCGCAGCGCCGUCUACCUGCGCCACCCCUGGGACUGUGGCUUCGAGGAACGUGUGUUCUCGGCGUACCACAGCUCACUGGCCUUCACCAGCCUCAACUGUGUGGCUGACCCUAUCCUCUACUGCCUCGUCAACGAGGGCGCCCGCAGUCACGUGGCCAAGGCCCUGCACAACCUGCUCCGCUUUCUGGCCAGUGACAAACCCCAGGAGAUGGCCAACGUCUCGCUCACCCUGGAGACCCCGCUCACUUCCAAGAGGAACAGCGUGGCCAAGGCCAUGGCAGCCAGCUGGGUGGCUGCUCAGCCCUCCCAGAGGGACCAGGUGCAGCUGAAGAUGCUGCUGCCGGCACAGUGAACCUCGUGUCGUGCAGAGCCCCCACUCCUCCAUACUAAUCCCACCCUCCCUUCCCUCCUGGUCCGCUGUAUGCAAAUUGUAUGUAAAUAAGGCUAUGUUAAUUUCCAUAAGCAUGUAAGAAAAUAGGAAAAUAGUGAGGUUGAUGUGUCACUGGUCAACCAUCGUCCUCCACCCUGACCCCCUAACAAUUCAGUAGAACUGUGCCUAGACCUGCGCUGGGUGGUGCUAGUGACCCAGCGGUGACAAAUGACAGUGCUGGCCCUGCCCUCAUGGCUCCCACUCCACUGGGGAAGACAGAUCUGUCCCUGGAUAGUGAUGACCCAGAGUGGGCAGGGCUCAGACGGGGAGCCCAGGGGCUGGGGGAACCCAAGAAGGCAUCAGACCCAGUCUGGGGGUCAGAAAAGGCUUCCUAGAGGAGGGGACCAGUAGAUUAACUUUCCAGAAGGUAAAGACAAAAAAGUUAGGAUUACUUUCAGCAAGGGGGUAAAAGUCUGUGACUCACGGGGAAGGUGGAAGAAGAAAUUCACCGAGUGCUGAGUGGUCACUUUUGCCUUUGGGAAGCCCCCGGUCAUAUAGCGGGGAGAGAGAGCCUGACAGAGCGUUUCAGAGUUUCAAGAUAAACCGCAUUCUCCAGGUCAGGACUGAGGAGGAGGAGGAGGGAGCAGAAUCAAAUGAAGGGCAAUCAGCAAAUGGGCUGGGGGAGCAGGGAGCAGGGCAGGCUUGGGAAGGGGGCUGGGGACAAGAGAAGGGUAUUUAUUCAUUCAUUCAAGGGAGAUUUGUUUAUACCUACUCUCUGCCCAGCCCUGUGCUGGCCAGCGGCUGGGGACAAAACGGUGACCAAGACAGCCCAGUCCCCGCCCUCACGGAGCUCACAGUAAAUGAAUAAAGAUAAACAUGACAUUUGGAAUAGAUAACGGUAAUGGGGAAAAAUAAAGCUGACGGAGGGGACAGAGAGUGAUGUGGAGUCUGAUCUAGAUAAGGAGGUCGGGGAGGGCUCACGGAGAAGGGGGCAUUUGAGAAAAGACCUGAAGGAGGAAAGGGGUCAGAUGGAAGAGCACUGCAGGCCGAGGGAACAGCAAGUGCAAAACGUGGAGUAAGAGACUGCCUGCAUUUGAGGGCCCGCAAGUACACACAGCGGCGUGGCGGGAACCGAGGGCGGGAGGAUGUGAGGAAUGCAAUUGAGACAGGCCAGGGACAGGGGCCCAUAUUAUAGAGCUUUGUGAAUCCACGUGAGGACUUUGCCUUUUAUUCCAAGAGAAAUGGGAGCUACAGAGGGGCUCUUAGUAGAGAAGGAUUGGGAUUUGGUUUAAAUGUUAACAGGAUUCCCUGGCUGCUGAGUGGGGAACAGAAUAUGGGAAGUAAGGGCAGAAGCCAGGAGCCCAGGCAGGAGAUGCUGA